GUGUGUGUGACAGCGACAGCAUGGCACAGAGAGCGGACAGAGCGCCAUCUAUAGACAGCCAUUCAGCGGAAGGCUCCGCCCCCAAACCGGCCCUCCGCAAGCCCUCGAUCUCCGACGCCAGCAAGAAGAAGAAGAGCAAGAAGUCGAGCGAUGAAGUGAUGAGCAAGGUGUACAGCAACUUGCUGAGCAGCGUCUUCGGCCAGGAGAGAGAGUUGUCUCAGCCGGAGCUCGAUGAGCUGUCCGAGGCCUUUAAGGAGUUCGACUACGAUCAGGACGGAUAUCUGAACUAUAAGGAUCUGGCCGAGUGCAUGAGAACGAUGGGUUACAUGCCGACAGAGAUGGAGCUGCUGGAGAUCAUUCAACAGAUCAAGAUGAGGCUCGGGGGUCUGAUGGAUUUCGAUGACUUCUGUGAGUUAAUGGGCCCCAGGAUGAUGGUGGAGACGGCGGAUAUGCUCGGCCUCAAAGAGAUCAAGAGCUCCUUCCAUCAGUUUGACACUGAUGGCGAUGGGAAGAUCUCUCUGGAUGAGAUGAAGGAGGCCAUGAAGAAUCUGUUAGGAGAGAAACUCAAGAAAGGAGAACUGGAGGAGAUCAUCAAGGAGCUGGACCUCAAUGGAGACGGAACCGUGGAUUUCGAUGAGUUUGUGAUGAUGCUGUCGGUGCGAUAAAACACAACACCGUCAUUAACAUCUUCCAUCAGUGUUUCCAGCGGCGGAUGACACUGGUUCAGACGCACACGAGGAACACAGGAACAUCAGGGGUUUUUAAAGUGGUCCUAAUAUGCCCUUUUAUGAAGUCUUGGUUUUGUUUUGGGGGUUACUAUAUGUUUUCAU